CCCUGCCCGUCUGAAAACUCCGCGCCGCGGCGGUGGAGGCGGCGGCGGCGGCGGCCGAGGAGGAAAGGGAGGAGGAGGUGGUGGAGGAGAGGAGCAGGAGGAGGAGCAGCGGCGAGCCCGGGCGACGGCGGCGGGGCCCGAGCGCGGAGCCCCCGGGAUAGAGCGCGCACUGGGGUGUCCCGGCACCCCGCUCGCCCCGGGCCGCCGCGGAAGAUGGUGGCGGCGCCGUGCGCCCGGAGGCUGGCGCGGCGCUCGCACUCGGCACUGCUGGCGGCGCUCAUGGUGCUGCUGCUGCAGACGCUGGUGGUGUGGAAUUUCAGCAGCCUGGACUCCGGGGCUGGAGAGCGGCGGCGCGCGGGGGCAGCGGCGGGAGCAGCCGAGCAGCAGCAACAGCAGCCCGCGGCCCCGCGCCGGGAGCGCAGGGACCUGGCUGCCCAUCCGCCCGCAGCCCGCGGAGGACCUGGAGGCCGAGCCGGCGGAGGAGGAGCACGGGGAGGCGGCCCCGGAGGAGCCCGCGCGCAGCAGCCUGCCAGCCGCGGGGCACUGGCCGCCCGGGCGAGGGACCCACACCCGAGUCCACUGAUCACCCUAGAGACUCAGGAUGGCUACUUCUCUCACCGGCCCAAAGAAAAAGUUCGCACUGACAGCAACAAUGAGAACUCAGUCCCCAAGGACUUUGAGAAUGUGGACAACAGCAACUUCGCCCCCAGGACCCAGAAGCAGAAGCACCAGCCAGAGUUGGCAAAGAAGCCACCCAGCAGGCAGAAGGAGCGUUUGCAGAGGAAGCUGGAGGCCCAGGACAAAGGACAGGGCCAGUCAGUCCUGGGCAAAGGCCCCAAGGAGGUGCUGCCUCCCCGGGAAAAAGCCACAGGCAACAGCAGCCAAGGGAAGGAUCUCUCAAGACACAGCCAUGCCAAGAAGAGUGGCGGCGGUGGGUCCCCCGAAACCAAGUCUGACCAGGCUCCCAAGUGUGACAUUUCUGGCAAAGAGGCCAUCUCAGCACUGACCCGUGCUAAGUCCAAGCACUGUCGUCAGGAGAUUGCAGAAACCUAUUGUCGUCACAAGCUGGGACUGCUAAUGCCAGAGAAGGUGGCUCGAUUCUGUCCCCUGGAGGGCAAAGCAAACAAGAAUGUCCAGUGGGAUGAGGAUGCGGUGGAGUACAUGCCCGCCAACCCAGUCAGAAUCGCCUUUGUCCUGGUGGUCCACGGCCGCGCCUCUCGACAGCUACAGCGCAUGUUCAAGGCCAUCUACCACAAAGACCACUUCUACUAUAUCCACGUGGAUAAGCGUUCCAACUACCUGCAUCGGCAAGUGCUCCAGUUCUCCAGCCAGUACGACAAUGUCCGUGUUACCUCCUGGAGGAUGGCCACCAUCUGGGGUGGUGCCAGCCUCCUGUCCACCUACCUGCAGAGCAUGCGGGAUCUCUUGGAGAUGACUGACUGGCCCUGGGACUUCUUCAUCAACCUCAGUGCUGCUGACUACCCCAUCAGGACAAAUGACCAGCUUGUGGCGUUUCUCUCCCGAUACCGAGACAUGAAUUUCCUGAAGUCACAUGGCCGAGACAAUGCAAGGUUCAUCCGGAAACAGGGCCUGGACCGUCUUUUCCUGGAGUGUGAUGCACACAUGUGGCGCCUGGGGGACCGGCGGAUCCCAGAGGGCAUUGCCGUGGAUGGUGGCUCAGACUGGUUCCUGCUGAACCGGAAGUUCGUGGAGUAUGUGGCAUUUUCCACAGAUGACCUGGUGACCAAGAUGAAACAGUUCUACUCAUACACCCUCCUUCCCGCUGAAUCCUUUUUCCACACGGUCCUGGAGAACAGCCCCCACUGUGACACCAUGGUGGACAACAACCUGCGCAUCACCAACUGGAACCGCAAGCUGGGCUGCAAGUGCCAGUACAAGCACAUUGUGGACUGGUGCGGCUGCUCCCCCAACGACUUCAAACCCCAGGACUUCCAUCGCUUCCAGCAGACAGCCCGGCCCACCUUCUUUGCCCGCAAGUUCGAAGCCAUAGUGAACCAGGAAAUCAUUGGGCAGCUGGACUCUUACCUGUAUGGGAACUAUCCUGCAGGCACUCCAGGCCUCCGCUCCUACUGGGAGAACGUCUAUGACGAGCCAGAUGGCAUCCACAGCCUCAGCGAUGUGGCGCUUACCCUGUACCAUUCCUUCAUCCGCCUGGGCCUGCGAAGGGCUGAGCUGUCCCUACACACGGGUGGGGAGAACAGCUGCAGGUACUACCCAAUGGGCCACCCAGCGUCUGUCCAUCUCUACUUCCUUGCUGACCGCUUCCAGGGCUUUCUGAUCAAGCACCACGUGACCAACCUUGCUGUGAGCAAACUGGAGACACUGGAGACAUGGAUGAUGCCAAAGAAAGUCUUCAAGAUCGCAAGUCCCCCCAGUGACUUUGGGAGGCUUCAGUUUUCUGAGGUUGGCACUGACUGGGAUGCCAAGGAGCGGCUAUUCCGGAACUUCGGUGGUCUCUUGGGGCCCAUGGAUGAGCCAGUGGGAAUGCAGAAGUGGGGGAAGGGCCCCAAUGUGACCGUGACUGUAAUUUGGGUGGAUCCCGUCAAUGUAAUCGCAGCCACCUAUGAUAUCCUAAUUGAGUCCACCGCGGAAUUCACACACUACAAACCCCCUCUGAAUCUGCCCUUGAGGCCCGGGGUCUGGACAGUAAAGAUUCUCCAUCACUGGGUGCCGGUUGCAGAGACCAAAUUCCUUGUCGCACCCCUGACCUUCUCCAACAAGCAGCCCAUCAAACCAGAGGAGGCAUUGAAGCUGCACAACGGGCCACCUCGCAGUGCCUACAUGGAGCAGAGUUUCCAGAGCCUGAACCCGGUCCUCAGCCUGCCCAUCGAUCCUUCCCACGUGGAGCAGGCCCGGAAGAAUGCAGCCUUCGUUGGCACGGCACUGGAAAACUGGCUGGACUCGCUGGUAGGUGGGACCUGGACUGCCGUGGACAUCUGUGCCACAGGUCCCACCGCCUGCCCAGUCAUGCAGGCGUGCAGCCAGACAGCUUGGAGCUCCUUCAGCCCCGAUCCCAAGUCAGAGCUGGGGGCAGUCAAGCCUGAUGGCCGGCUCAGGUAGCAGCGGCCACGUGGGACCGAUGGAGCUCAGACCCCAGUCUCUGACCUUGUACAGAGGGCAUGCCUUUUGUACAAGGACCUCUGCUGACUGCAGGAUGAUGGAGAGAGGGUUUGGAGGCCAGAGAAGAGUCAGCCUGUAUUUGUCAAGCUGGCAAAUACAGCUUGAGGGAGGUGACUCAGUCCUAGGGCCACAGUGGUCUCCCUUCUUCUGGUUGCUUCUCAGUUCUCCAGGGUCCUGUUCUCUCCCUCCAAUGGCCUGCACUUGUCCCCCCAACAAGUGAGUUUUCAACUUUUAUUUUGAGCAGCAGAACUUUGUUUACUCAGCACAGUCGGAGGUGAAAGGGCAAGACCUGGAUGAAAUCCAGGCUGCUCUGGUUGAUGCUGAGGUGUGUGAGGUUCCUUCUUGAAACUCAGCCCACCAGGUGGUCCUCUACCAAGGGCAUCUCUAAGGUACCUCUUCUGAACCCAAGGGCUCUGUUCAAGCCAGUUUGACAAGCACUGCCCUGAGCAAGGGUGGGAUCUCCAUCCCUUCCCUUCCAUUAAGCUCUUCGUUUCUGUGGCUGGGAAACCUUGUACUCAUGCUAAACUUAACAAGCUGCUGGAGGCCACACUCCAAGCCUUCCCAGGGAGGCCGAGAUGGGGGAGAAUCUGAGGGUUCCUGUUGCCACUCAGUGAGCUGAAAGCCAGAGGUUCAGGAAAUCCUUCUGAUGUGAAACAGCCAAGGUCCCCCAGACAUGUGACUGCCAACUUUUCAUCUGUCCAGGUCAGCCUCUUCCAAGGCUGUCACAAAUGGUAACAAGAACAGCAAAAAGCAUUUAGAGCCUGAGCUUCAAUUCUCCUACCUUGUCCCUGGGAGACAGCUCCUGUGGCCUCUUUGGUACUUGAAAGUGGGAGUAAUGCAGAACCUGGGCUCUGAAUCUCAAAGAGGAUUAUCUGGACCUGAGAUUCUGAGCUGGAUGGCUGCAUAGUAACGCCCCUUAUGCUCUGAGGUCAGGUACCCCAAACCUUUGUGAACUGUGCGCUUGGUGCUGUUGGCUGUGACCAAACUGCUUGGAUCAGACUUCUCCCACGCAGGAACAAACAUUUCAGGAAGGGUCUGUAAUUUCAUAUCCUUCCUUGCCUAGGGUGCCAACAGGCUCAGUCUGGCCACACCAUAGAAAAGGAAGGUUGAGUUUCAAAAGUGGGAAGGUAGUUCAAAAAAAAAAUAGUGUUAUUCAUGUUGCCUGAGUUACCAGAAACCCAAGGGUUUUCUUGCCAUGUGUAUUCAGUGGGGAUUGAGGAAGUCACCUUCCUCCUUGAGUCCUCCAAAAGACAAUUAUCUGGGGAAAGUUUCACCCAUCCUUGUAUCUCUCCCAGAAUGGAUAAGGUACUUAAGUCCCCCUUGAUGACGCAUCUAGGGCACAGCCCCUCUCCAUUCUAACAUGGCGGGCAUAGAGAAGGGACCCUUGAUAUUUAUUAUUUAUAUGUUUUAGUCAAUGACUAAUUAGUAGGUGCUGUUUUUGCAGCUUGUCGAUUAUGUUAUCUUACUAACUGAAAUUGCCUUUAUUCACAAAAGGCUCCCCUCCCCCUCCCUUCCCUGGUUUGCCUACCUUCCUCUCUCACUCUGCCCUUUCUGUCUCUCAGUGUCCAUCCUACACCCUUCUGGUUCUGAGAACAAAGUAGGAGUGUUAUAAACCACGGCACAGUUUCAACCAGCACCCACACCGUCAGCAAGCGGGCCAGCUUGGAUGGCUGGAACCUCCCUUUUGCUUAUCCGGGUGUUGGUCUCAUCUGUCCCUCUAAAUUCAAAAGCAUUGGAACACCUGAGUCCCCCCACCCGUUCCCCUGGCCCCAGGCUCGUGAACAAGGAUGUGAGGGAGAGGUGUGGUGGGUAUAGAACUCUAGGUCCACCCAAUUGCCCCACCUCAGGCUUCUCCUAACCAGUUUAACCAUGAGGAUAAGCUAUGAGUAGCAGACAGGCUCCUUCCAAGAGUGAUAGGUCUUAGGAGGGAGGGUGGGGUCAGACCCGGCCAGGGGAGCUUAGCAGAUGACUGCUGUCUGUGCUGGUUCUGGAGCCAUCAGGUGGCUUCCUCUAAAAACCCAUUGGAUCUGCAUUGGUUUUACAAACCUGUGAGAACUGUGAGCCUGGUCCCCCAGCUUUUGCCUUGGUCAAAGUUUCCCUGGGACUGUGGGACCUCUGGGAGUUCCCCCUUUACUUCUCUUGUUCUAGAGAUUUGUGUAUUCUGUCCUGAAAGGUCCCUAUAUACUCUAGGAACCACAGACUCUGAGACAAGGUCCGUCCUGACCAAGUGACACUCAGUGACAUUUUUCACCUUGUAACUACUUGGAAAUGCCAAGCCGACGUACUCUGGGGCCACUUUGCACCCCUUGAGCUCCUUCUUCACUCACCACAACUAAUUUAGGGGUAUGUGUUUACUGUGUUUUGGGAACCAGAGAAUAAUUUUGCUUUUAGUGAGAGAGAGAAUUUAAAACAAGUUCAGUGUACUUUAAGAAUAUUUUCCAAUGGAAAUGGCAUAAGUCCUUAUUUCUUGGUGUCUUCCUGCCUGAAAACAGUGUCUUUGUUGGAGACCAUUGGUGAAACAACAACCUUGGUAGAUGGCUUCCUGAGGGUUUUAAAAGCACAGAAAUGUCAUCUCUGGGAACCUUAAAGUCUGCAGAAACAAGAAGCAUGGGCUUAACUGCUAACCAAGUCCCAGAGUGUCUGGAAGGCUGAGAGGGAAGCUGGGUAUCCCUUAUGGGGAGAAGUAUUUUAGAUAGCACCUCUCCAUGCCAUUUGGCAACUACCCCUCCCAAAGCCUAUUUCCUAGGCUGUUCAGAAAGCUGCAAGUCUCCAAGAAGGAAGGGAGCAACUUGCAAUGCCUCCUUGCUUUAACAAUGCAGUCCUUUUUCCCUUCCACAAGGGUCUUUCUGGUGGAGAUCAGGAGGGCUCCUGGUUUCAUUUAUCAUUGUCGUUUAACCUUUUAAUUUAAGUUAAGUUAGAGGGUAUAAACAGGGGCACACAAAUACGGGGGGAGGGGAGAGAGAGAUGCAUGUACACAUUCGCGCACACACAUGUACGUACGCACACUCCAACGGAGUUCGGAUGUGUGCCUGGGUGUUCACAAAACAUACCUCCUUCAUGUUGUCUGGUUUUCAGAGAGAUGAUAGAGGAUGCUGACUGAAGCUAUGGACUCUCUCCCAAGACAUUCCAUAGCAGAAAAGAGUAAUCAGUGCCUAUGAAGAAGAAAAAAAAACAUUUUCAACCAGGUUCAUGAGGGUUCAGAUCAGCAGUUCCUGAGAGCUUUAAUGAUAGACUGGAAACUAGUGUCAUCCCCAUCAGCUUGAGCGUGCCGAGAAGGCUUUCCAGGCCAGAGAAACUCUACUGCAGGGGUCAUCGAAGCAUAAUGAGGUCCAGGACACAAGCAUAGAUGGGUAAAACCAUGGGUGAAAGAAAAAAAAGUGGAGUGGUGGGGAGUGUGUUCUUACUGACAUACACGUGACCCCUCCAGUAAGAAGAGCAGCUGUGGCUCAGCUCCCAGCCUAUCAAAGCAAGUAAGCAAGUGAAACUCAUUGCAGUGAGUCUUCUACCUUCUAAAGGAAACCAGACAUCCAGUUCCUGUUUGUUCGAUUUUUUGUUUAAUAAGAAAUCUAGUUUUUCAUUAUUGGCAACCUAUUCUUUCAUUUUUUUUUUUAAUAUGUGGGCAAAGUAAAACUCCACAGUUGUGCACGUCUUCUUGGGCAAAGUCUUCUUUCUGGGAAGGUAGUGGUUUAAAUGAAGGAAAGAGCCAAGGGUAAGAGUGCAAAAGGAACAGCUCAUACUAAACUGUGGAGGACUCAAGGUUUCUGCUUGGUCGUUCUUUUCUCAGACAGCCUGUCUUAGGCAGGAGGGCUGGCUCAUGGGCUGCUCUGGUUUGUGCUGAAGAAGGAAAAAUGCAACCUGGGGUCUGAGGUGGCGCCUCAGACACAAAGAGUCUGCCCAGGUCCCCGCCUUCCCGUAUCCCAUCAAACUGAGCAGAGAUUGCAAUGGUGCCCUCCAGGAGAUGAGGCUGGGGAGCCCUAGGACCCACUCCAGAGUCCACAUCUGAGUUGCCAUGCUGCCACCAUGCUGCCACCAUGCUGGAAGGUUCUUCAGAAACCACAGUGGGGCCUGUGCUGGCUCACAAGUAGUCUUCUUUGCUUCUGCCUCAGUUACCUUAUUUUGCCCAAGGGUCAACCCCAGGCACUACCUCAAUGUCUGCUGAGAAGUUUACCUGGGGACGGGGUGGAAUGAAGGUGGCUAACCAUGCUGGAGCUGAAUGUAUAAUCUAUGCAAAUUCAUUCAUUUUCUCUCUCUGUGUGUGUCUCUCUCUGUCUCUGUCUGUCCCUUCUCCUUCCUCCUCUUCCCUCUCUCUUUCUCCUCCUUUCUCUUACAAGUGUGUGCAUUUUUUUUAAGUUUAUGAACAAAAUACUCUACAGGACCCUCUUAAGACUGAGGAGGGCUGUCAUCCCACCCACCACCUGUGUCUAUCCCUCCUGUUGUCUUUGGUUCUGUUCUUGCCAAGCCCCACAGAGGGAGAAAGUGGCCUCUCUUCUCCCCUCACUUGGCUGGGAAUAUUCUCACAGCCUCAGCAUGCGAACAUCACCAGGAAGCAGGCACUGCAUCCCCCCUCCACCCCACCCCAGCCCUGCUCCCAGCACCAUCUUCUCCUUUCUACAUUUUCCUCCUACCUCCCACCUUCAUCUCCACCCCUUUCAAAAAGCCUUAGGUUUCUCCUUUUUGAAAUGUGGCCUUAAAAUUAUUUUUGGAAAGCUGACAUCCUCCCCCUCUAAUUUCCCCCACCAUCACAGAAGAGAGAGCAUCUUGAAGCCUGCAUGUGUGGCGGCCUCCUGAGCAAAGGGACUGCCAAUCUGUAGCCUACAGAUGCACUAGGAAUGGCUUAAAUGUCGUCUUUAAGAAAAAAAUGUUCUUGUAUUUUUCUCCUAUGGGCAAAAUGAAGUCUCGGGUGCUUGUGCAGUUCUGAGGCACUCUCCUAAACGUGCUGCCGUGGCAGUCGCUGGCAUCACCAGCAAGAUGCUCCCCACAGCUUUCCAGUCCUCCAUUCCCCCAAGACCCAGUGAAUUUAGGUACUCCAUUCAAGGGUAAAUCAGGAGUAUUCCUCAGUUUAUUUCUUCAUCUGUCUUGCCUGGAAAGUAACAGCAUUAAAUAUUCCCAGUAGAUGAGCCAUGUUCCGAAGGCAUGGCCCACUCCCUCCUUCAGAUUCAACCUUGAACCCUUCCAUCGCUCCAGUGCUGAUGGAGGCCAAAGACAACCCCAGGGUUUUCAUAGGAAACUCGCUGGUAUUGAGCGCAAUUGUCUUUAUCCAUCUUUUCUUUUAAAGGAAAAAAAAAAGAGACUCUUAUGUCGUCGGUAGCAUUUGUCCAGAUGUUUGUUUUAGAGGCCUCAAGAUAAGUUAUUACUGCCUCCUUCUUUGUUUUCAAAGACACGUGGCGAUAUAGUUUUUAAAAAUAACUAUUUUGUUAUAGAUCAUAAUACACAUAAAACUGUACAGAAAUAUUUUGUAAUGUAUUGAUUUUAAAAAAGAGAAUCUGUAAAUAAAAGUUUAAAAAAUAAGAAAGAAUUCACAUGGCACAUGUUGAAAGAUGUAGAUAUUUUGCUAUUUAUUUAAAGGAGUAUUUUAAGAAAUAUUAAACUAUCUGAAUUUGACCAAUAAUCAAAAUUCCAAUCAUCUGAAUACUUUUCAUCAAGGUAGAGUCCAGUUCUCGCAAUUGUGUUACCCAUAUUUGCCUCUUUCUUGUCUUUUCAUUUAGCAGAAAACAACAACAAAAUUGUGCCUUAGCUGUAUUUCUGUCUAGGGGAAUUUCUUUCUGUCCAACAAAGCAACAUUUUUUUUUUGCAGAAAACAGUGGAUUAUUAAAUACUGUAUUAUACCAAAAACACCACAGGUGUACAUAGAUGCUUUCUGCCAUACUGUGUUUUCAGAUGCAGAAUUUUAAAAUAAAAAAAAAGUCUCUAUGAAA